CAGUACGUUAACUUACACCUAACUUUACUAGAUGGCGGUAAUCUCUUGCAGCACAGUUUCAGUUUCAGUUUACUAGAUGGCGGUGGGUCUCCUCUUGCAGCACGCUAAAACGCAUGCGUUGUUCAGCAAUGACCGGGUUCAGUUCAGUAAUGGGCAUCCUUGGCGGCGCAAAUGACGUCCAGUUGAUGGUCAUUUUUCUAUGAAUUGACGCUUGCAAUUGACAGCGGCCCCUUGUUGGCCUCGUUAUUAAUGUGAAUAAUAAUAAGUAUAUAGCUUUAUAAUAACAAAAGUUGAAACAAGAACACCGUUGAAAAGUGCUCGAUUGAGUUUGUGAAAUUAGCGAAUUAAUAGAUUGACAAUAUUUAGGGACUUGGCAACCACUGACACUCUUGGCAUCACUUUGCAAUCGCCCAUAGUCACAGUUAAUUUUUUUUUUCGCGGCAAGUGCAAAUGACCGCAGUUACAAGAUGAAUACUGUUUGCAUUUUGGUCAUUGACUACUGCUUACAAGUCAUUCCACUAACUCAACAAUCAUUUGCUUAAAUUAAACAUAUAAGUAAAAAGAUUACUUUGGGGAAAUAACUAGAGUCAUCAUGGCAACAAAACUGAGAAAAACUAAAAGAGCAAAAAUGGCUGAAAGUAAUAGUGAUGACAGUGACUCUGAUAGUGGAAUGAGAAAAUCAACUUACAUAAAUAAACAGAAGAAUAAAUACCAAAAAACUAUAACUAAGUUAUGUGAUGAUGAAAGCAGUGAUGAUAAGGGAAGUGAAACAUUCUACAAAAGUCGCACACUCAUUUUAUCUAAAAAUAAUGCUACCAAUUCAAAUUUCACAAUAAAAGUAGAUUCAUCCCAUUCCUCUACUUCAGAUUCAUAUAGCUCUAAGAUGUCCAAACAUAAUAAAAAAAGCACAAAUAAAAGAAAAAUAAAAAUUAUAUCUUCAGAAUCUAGUUCAGAAUUAGAUUUAGCAGAGGCCAAAAGUUCAAGAAAACUCAUGAAGUCUUGUGAAACAAAAAGGAAUUUCUCUAAAAUUAAGAAUAAAAGCAGGGAUGAAAUUUCAAUGCAUUGUAGUGAUUUAAAUUCAUCUAAAGAAUUUCAAGAUACAAGAUUAAAAAGAAAAAAGACUUUUCAAGAAAGUUUUCAAUUAAAUAAUGUUGAUGACUAUUCAAAUGUAACUACUCCAUGUAGGGUAGAUGAAGAAAAUAUAACUGUGGAAACAGCACAAGAGAUAUCCUUUAAGUAUUAUGUUGUUCAGGAAUUAAAGAAAUUUCAAAAAGUAAAUAGUCAAUUACAUGAUGAUUUAAAAUGUUGUAAUGAUUACUUGUUGAAAAAGAAAAUUAGCUCAAUUCAGGAUGCAAAAUUUUUUAUACAUAAAAUUUUAAAAUUUUACGAGGAUACUCUUAAACAAUGUCAGAAAAACAGACAAGAAUUUGUAAAAAUUUAUGAAACUUGGACGAAUGAUCUUGUCAAUAAAUCAGAAGAUACAAAAACGAAAAAACGUUUCAAUUUAUCAUCUGAUUCUUCAGACGAUACUUUGGAACGGUCUCUUGUGAAAGAAGUGCUUGUAAAUAAGCUCACAGAGAAUAAAGAGUCUGCUGAAAACGUGUCAAAGCAAAAAAUAAAUGAUAAAUCAAACAUAGAUGAAGCUUCUUCUAAUAACGUUUCAAUUGACUCAAAAUUAUGCAAGUUCCAAUUAAAAGUUCAAGGAGAUUUGUCAGUGGAGCAAGAAUCCAAUAAAAGUGAUAAAUCUACAGGUGGAGACAAACGACUGUCGCUUGAAGACAGUGAUAAAUCAACAUUGAAGGAGAAGAAAAAGAGUGAACUCCAGGUAAAUGAUACAUUAGUUUCCAACAAUGAGAAAUCAGAUCAUUCAUCAGUAAAUUCUUCAGAAGAAUCAGAAAACGUUUCUCUAAUGCAAGGUUCAGAUUAUGAUAGUGAUUUGAUAUUUUCCUCUGAAGAAUCAAAGUCAAAAAAGAAAACUAACAAGGGAAGAGAGAUUGUCAAGAAGAAGAACACGGAAAAAUUAACAGCAACAGCAGUAGCAGUAGCUAAAGAACUAGCAACAACAGUAGUAACAGUAGCCAAAGAACCAGCAGCAACAGCAGUAGCAGUAGCGGAAGAACCAGCAGCCAUUCAGUCAUCUGACUCCGACGAUUUGUUCGAUACUUCGACCUGUGAAAUUACAAGUACUCCAGUGCACCGAAAGUCGGUAGCUGUAACUGGUACGUCGGUGGAUAGCGAUGGCGAAUGCAUUGACAAGAUGCUGAAAAUAACGGAGGAAGAAAAGUUAUCAUCAGCAUUAACACCUGCGGCAACGGCUGCAUCGAAUAAAUCAAGCAAUGUGAUAGACCUGAAGGAGCAAGAAGCUUUGGAGACGCUGUUGAACAACGACGAUGAUUCGGACGGCAAUGCCGAUUCGGAACCCGAAGAAGACUCUAACGAAAUGGUGGAGAUGUUAACGGCAGCAGCCAAAACUUCAAAGACGGCAGUCCGCGAAAAAAAGAAACUUUUCACCAAGCAGACUAAAAAACGCAGUUCCGUUUGUUCUGAUAGUUCGUCGUCGGACGAUGGAGAAGAGGUGAGGUCGACGAGGCGAAGUCGCAACAAGUUGGUCGACGGGGCGGCAGCCUUGAGAACGGCCACGCUGCCGCGAAGAAAAAUGGACAAGUUUGAGCUGCGCAACAACCGGUAUUAUCUAGCAGACGAAAAGCUUCGUCGAAAAUGUCGAGUCAAGCUGGAACGAUUGCCCGAGAGCGAGUUAGCUAAGUACGCCAGAGCCUUGGAAAAAUCGAAAAAACACGUUGAGCAUAAAAAAAUCCAAAGCCUCGCAAAUUUAGACAAUUUAGAGUCGCAAAAAAACUCGAAGAAAAACUUGGAAGCUAAUGAAUCUUCCGAGCUUAAUGCUGAUAAUGUUAAACAGACCUCGAAAAACAAGAAGUUAAAAGAGGAUGCAAAGUUAUCCGUCGCCGAUUUUCUAAAUAAAACGGUUCAACCUGAGAGCAACGAAUCGUCAAAUGAAAUAGAUGAUACCGAAAGUCAAAACGCUCUUGCACCUGUCGAUACAUCUUUUGAUCAGAGUUCCAGUAUUGAUGCUGAGAUCAAAGCAAAAGAAGCUUUGCUUCGCAGUAGCUCUUCUUCUAGUAUUGAUAUAAUUGAAGAUGAAAUGUCUGUCGAUGGUAAUUGUAAGAAACAAAAAACGGAUCAUGCUAAUGAUAACAAUAAGGCUAGUCCCUCAAACGAUGAUAAUGAUGAAAAAGAUAUUGAUCAGAAGCAAGGUAUGAGUUCUUGGAAAAAGGAUAAGUUGUUGACCUUUAAAUUGGAUGGUAGUGAAACAGAAGAAGAGCAAUUUAGUAAAUCUCAAGAAAAGAAGAAAGCAAAACAGUUGGAAACUGAAAAUGAUAAAAGUCAAGAACCAUCAAGUCUAUGUAAAAAAGUAAAAAGUCCGAGAAAAACACGAAAAACUAGACGAAUUUUAGAUUCAGAUUCUGAUGUAAAAUCGAUUUCCGAAGAUCAAAAUGAAAAUUCUUUUGAUGAAGAAUCUAAUCAAGAAGAAAAGAAGAACAAUAAUAAAAAGAAGCGGCAACGUUCUUCGCAAUCUUCAGACUCUGAGUCUUCGUCUAGCAAAAAGAAGCAAAAGGCCAAAAGAAGAAGGAUAAAAAAAGUGGCAAGUGACAGUGACAGCGACGAUAAAGAUUCACCAGGAAAAGGUAGAAAAAAUAUUCGUAGAGUUUUAAAAGAUAAGUAUGUCACAGAUGAUACGAAGAAAGCUGCACAAGACGAAGAAGAACGUUUGAAACGUAUUGCUGAACGUCAAAAAUUGUUUAACGAAAUGUAUGAAAUACGACUAGCUGGAGAAGAAAAAGUCGAUAAAUUAGUGUUGGAUAUAGACAAAGAAACUAAAGAAGAAUUGGUUGUUGUGGAUAAUGAAUUAGCUAAACGAUUGAAGCCUCAUCAAGCUCGAGGUAUCAAGUUUAUGUGGGAUGCAUGUUUCGAGUCUAUUGAGCAAAUAAAGAAAUCAGAUGGCUCUGGGUGUAUUGUUGCUCACUGUAUGGGUCUUGGAAAAACUUUCCAAGUGGUCACUUUAGCUCAUACAUUACUCUCUAACGAGAAAACAGGUGUUAAAACGGUUAUGGUUGUAUGUCCUUUGAGUACUGUAUUGAAUUGGGUUAAUGAAUUCAAUAUCUGGCUGAAACAUGUAAACAAUCGUGAUGACAUAGAAAUUCAUGAAAUGACAAAGCUGAAGAAGAACAUUGAAAGAAAGCAUAAGCUAGAAAGUUGGCAGAAAUAUGGAGGCAUUUUAAUCAUUGGUUAUGAAAUGUUUCGUAAUUUAACAAGCACAGGCAAAAAACUUCGAAAAAAUAUGCAAGAAUCUAUUAUGAAAUCGCUAGUUGAUCCCGGUGCUGAUCUCGUCGUUUGUGAUGAAGGUCACUUGUUGAAGAAUGAAGAUUCAGCGCUUAGUAAAGCUAUGAAACUUGUAAAAACUAUGAGAAGAGUUAUCUUGACUGGAACACCUCUCCAAAAUAAUCUGAAAGAAUAUCACUGUAUGGUUCAGUUCGUGAAACCUAAUUUGCUGGGUACGAAGAAAGAGUUUUUAAACAGAUUUGUAAAUCCUAUUACAAAUGGUCAGUUCGACGAUUCAACGCCAUAUGAUGUGAAAUUGAUGAAAAAGAGAGCUCAUGUUCUUCAUAAAAUGUUGGAAGGCAGCGUCCAAAGAUUCGAUUAUUCCGUACUCACGCCGUUCUUACCACCUAAACAAGAAUAUGUAAUAUUUGUUAGGCUCACAGAAGUGCAAAAAAAAUUGUACCAACAUUACCUAGAUAACUUCGCUAGACGAUUAGGUGGACGCAACGUUACUUUAUUUGCCGAUUUUCAAGCACUUCAGCGAAUAUGGACACAUCCGUACGUUCUGCGAUUGAACGCUGAGAAAAUUGAGAAAGCCAACGAGAAAAAGAGACUGGAGGCCAGUGAUUCUGAAGGCUCGCUGAAAGAUUUUAUCGAUGAUGAUAGUACAUCAGUCAGCGAAUCUAGCUCAAAUUCAUCGAAUGUCAGUGAUAGUGACGUCGAAUGUCUAGAUUCGGAUAGCGAGAAAGUAGGCGCGGCUAAGAAACGCGGCACCAGAGCUAAUCCAAUAGCGGAGAAAGUUGCGGAACCAGUUGAAGAAAUAGUUGAAGAAGCAGCCUGGUGGUCAGAGUUUAUUAAUGAGGAACAAUUUAAUGAUUUAAGAAUAUCAACCAAACUCAUGCUUCUUUUUGCCAUUUUGAAAGAAUCCGAAAGUAUUGGUGAUAAAGUGCUUGUUUUCUCUCAAUCUCUUUAUUCAUUGACACUGAUCGAGCACUUUUUAAAUCUCAUGGAUGAACAAAGCCAAAAAAAUACGGAUGUGGAACACUUGAAUGGUCACGCCGGUUCUUGGGCUCUUGGCGUGGAUUAUUUUAGACUCGAUGGUUCGACUUCCGCUGAAAAUCGUAGUAUAUGGUCUAAGAUAUUCAAUAAUCCAAAGAAUACACAAGCUCGACUUUUCUUGAUUUCUACUAGAGCUGGUGGACUCGGUAUUAAUCUUAUUGGAGCUAACAGGGUUAUCAUUUUCGAUGCUAGUUGGAAUCCAUCUCAUGAUGUACAAAGUAUAUUCAGAAUAUACAGAUUUGGGCAAAAGAAGCCUUGCUAUGUUUAUCGUUUUCUUGCUGCUGGGACAAUGGAAGAGAAAAUCUAUAAUCGACAAGUAACAAAGUUAUCUCUUGCUUGUCGCGUCGUUGAUGAGCAGCAAAUUGAAAGGCACUACAGCAAUACAGAUCUGGCAGAAUUAUAUCAGUUUGAUACUUGCGAAGAUCAAUCCGAAACUCUAAGUUUGCCCAAAGAUCGUUUGCUUGCUGAAAUCUUUAGCAAGUAUAAAGAUCUUAUUGUCAAAUGUCACGAGCAUGAUUCUCUUCUUGAAAAUAAGGAAGAUGAGGAAUUAGACGAGGAAGAGCGAAAGCAAGCAUGGGCUGAAUACGAAGAAGAAAAGAAAGGAAUUCGCCAACAGGGUUAUAAUAAUACUAUGGGAAAUAAUUACGCUUUCAAUCAAAUGUUAAUGAGCAUGAAUGUCAUGCCAGAGUUCCAAGGUGUGAAGGCGUUACUUCAGAAAGAUUAUCCCGAUGUACCACCUGAUCAUCUCGAUGUUUUGGCACGAAAAGCUAUGUUUGAUAUGUAUCGACAAAUUGACCAACAUGCGACUCUUAAUUCGCUGAAUAAUUUUAGAGAUUCACUCGUACCAUCGCAAAAUGCCAUGGUUAAUCCAACUAUUCAAGGAGAAAUAUUUCGCCAACAAAACCUUAUGAUGAAUCAACCACAACCGAAUUAUUAUAACGUGAAUCAAAUGCCUGUUUAUUCUGGCAGAGGGCGACCACCUAAAUUCACAUCAGUUAACAAUGAGAUCGUAACUAAUCCCAUCUUUUUCAGUAAUGCACAGACAAUGCAAUCGCUACAGUCAGUUCCUAAUGACAAUGAAGUACAGGUUCUCAAUGAUAUACUAACAACACCAUCCAACCAACAAACACCUUCCAAUACGAAUGAGAAAUAAAUGUAAUCUAAUUUAAUUAGUAGUUUUUACAAUUAUUUUUUCAAAGCUUCAAAUUAUAGCUUUGUACAUAGCAGCAAAUAUUCGUAGGUGAAAUAUGAUAAGUUGUUUUUUUGUGUUAUAGUUUGAUAUUAAAUAGGUUCUUUGUCAAAUAUUAGAUUGAAAAUUGUUUUAAAAAAUACGAAAAACAUACUGAUACUUACAAUAAGGAAAGUUCUUAUGUGAAUGUGAUAGCAAUUUAACGCUCAAUAUUUACUUGAACUUGUAAAUAUAACAGUUUUAUUAUUUUAACUGAGUUAGAAUAUUAUUUUGUAAAUCCAAAAUUUAUAUAGUGAAAUUAUGUUUGAUUAUCUCAUUGUAGAUCACUGUAAGGUUAAAUGUAGUUUCAGUAAGUUAAUAAUAGUUUUUGUAAAAUUAUCAAUGGGUUGUCAUUUAAUUUAUAAAAUAAACAAAG